AUGAAGAGGAUGUUUAACGGGAAAAUACUUAUUGGAGAGACGAAAACUUUGGACCAUGUUGGUCAUCUGCCAGCGUUAAUCUCCAUUCACAGUGGGGAUGGAGAAAAAGUUAAGUAUGCGGGUGGAAUGAAAGCCAUUAUUGAGUUUGCUUCAUCGACGCUAGCUAAGAAUUUCCUAAAUAACAAAAACACUAGUAUAAGGAUCGUCAGACUCCCUAUUCGUCUAUGGUGUGAGGAUAAUUUCUCUGCUAUCGUCCGAAAGUUUGGGAAAAUCAUUGUCCCCUUCAAUCACAUUGAAGAUAGACUGGAUCUCUCGGUGGUUAAAUUGGGAAUCCUUACUGGUAUGAAGAAAAAAAUAAAUGAAGUAGUUAGAGUAGAGGUUGAAGGAAAAACGUGUGACAUUGGGGUGGUCGAGUAUGAAGACGAGCCGUGGUUCCCCUUCAAGUUUGAAAAUGAAGAGCAACCAUACGAGUCACAGUCAAAUUAUGCCACCUCUGAGGCAGAUGUUGUUGAUAGUAAAGAAGAUGAAGAAGGCAUAUCGGACACCUGGGUGGAUGAACCGGAAGAUGGAGAAAUAAUUAGCAGUGGGGAAGAUGACGGUGUCGGAGAUGGAGGUUGUUCCGGCAACCACGUGGCAUUUGAAACAAGUCCAGCUCAAAGGUCGGAGUCAAUAUUGGAACCAUCACAGGUACAUGCAUACCAUGAUAAUGGGGUAGUGGAAUCGAAUCAUGGUGAAAAUAAUGAAUUAAAUGUGAAAGAUGCCCCAAUUGAAAAUUCUGGUGGGACCAUUAUAGUAACAGGGCGGGUAGUGAACAGUUCAUCUAUGAAUCAUGUUCCCAACCUGGAUCAUUCGAAUAUGGGCUCCCCCAAGCCCAGUUCUUUCACCACUUCUCUUGCAAAGUCCGAUUGCUUUGGCCCAUUCCCAUCCAAGGUGAUUACGCCCCUGUCUCCGAACAACCUUUUGAGAAUCCGGUAA